CUCAGCAUUUCCCAUUUCCACUAGAAAGCCCAGCGCAAAUUGAGUCAAUUGACGAAUCGACUGCUUAUUUUGUAUACCAAGCGUUGUGCAAUUACUUGGCUCUCACUUCCUCUCAUCAUCCUUUCGAGCAGCACCAAAAGCCAAUCGCCCUCGAAGUCAGCGUUGCCCGACCUCCCCAAACGGCCGGCCACCAGCAACCGAAAACGGUUUCUGCUUAAUAACACGCGCCAGUCAAAAAGCCAAUCGAAAAGAAAGCCAUGUUCGGGCCAAUGCAAAAGGCGGCCCUGGCGCCGGCCAGAAACCUCGCUUCACGUGGGCCAGCGGCCGCCUCUGCCUCGGGACUGAGGUCGCUGAGCUGCUCCCACACGUGCGCCGGCCGUCGCUGCUACUCGAGUCGGACGGCUACAUCAUGGCGCAGCGUCGGCCCUGCCAGCGCCCGGGCGGGCCUGCUGCAAUCCCACCCCUCCUCCUCCUUGUUCAUCCCCACCACCACCUCGUCCUACAGCAGCAGCAGCAGCACCACCGCACGCCUCUUUCACUCGACACCAGCGACCAUGGCCGGCAAUGACAGCAGCAGCAGCAGCAGCAGCAGCAAGGCGACCAGGACCGAGACGGAUGCCUUUGGCGCCGUCCAGGUCCCCGCCGAUAAGUACUGGGGCGCCCAGACGGAGCGCUCGCUCGAGAACUUCCGCAUCAACCAGCCCCAGGACCGCAUGCCGCCCCCUAUCGUGAGGGCCCUCGGCAUCCUCAAGGGGGCUGCGGCUACCGUCAACAUGCGCUUCGGUCUCGACCCGACCAUCGGCAAGGCGAUCCAACAGGCGGCGGCCGAGGUGGCUGACCUCAAGCUGCUCGACCACUUCCCGCUCGUCGUGUGGCAGACGGGCUCGGGCACGCAGAGCAACAUGAACGCCAACGAGGUCAUCUCGAACCGGGCCAUCGAGAUCCUGGGCGGCCAGAUGGGCAGCAAGAAGCCCGUCCACCCCAACGACCACGUCAACCGCUCGGCCUCGUCCAACGACACCUUCCCGACCGUCAUGCACAUCGCGGCCGUGCUCGAGAUCGAGGGCGAGCUGCUGCCGUCCCUCCGCAGCCUGCGGGCCGCGCUCCAGAAAAAGGUGGACGAGUUCGAGGCCAAGGGCAUCAUCAAGAUCGGGCGCACGCACCUGCAGGACGCCACCCCGCUGACGCUGGCGCAGGAGUUCUCGGGCUACGUGGCGCAGCUCGACUUUGGCGUCAGGCGGGUCGAGGCGGCGCUCCCGGACCUGAGGCUGCUGGCGCAGGGCGGCACGGCGGUGGGCACGGGCAUCAACACGUUCGAGGGCUUUGCCGAGGGCAUCGCCGAGGAGGUCAGCCGCAUGACGGGCACCGAGUUCAAGACGGCGCCCAACAAGUUCGAGGCGCUGGCGGCGCACGACGCGCUCGUGCACGCGUCCGGGGCGCUCAACACGCUCGCGACGUCGCUCACCAAGAUCGCGCAGGACGUGCGCUACCUAGGCAGCGGGCCCCGGUGCGGCCUCGGCGAGCUGGUGCUGCCCGAGAACGAGCCGGGCAGCAGCAUCAUGCCGGGCAAGGUGAACCCGACGCAGUGCGAGGCGCUCACCAUGGUGUGCGCGCAGGUCAUGGGCAACCACGUGGCCUGCACCAUCGGCGGCAUGAACGGGCAGUUCGAGCUCAACGUGUACAAGCCCCUGAUAAUCCGCAACGUGCUGCACAGCACGCGCCUGCUGGCCGACGGCAUGCGCUCGUUCGAGCGCCACCUGGUGGCGGGCCUGCAGGCCAACGAGGUCAAGAUCGCGAGCAUCAUGAAGGAGUCGCUCAUGCUCGUGACGUGCCUCAACCCCAAGAUCGGCUACGACAUGGCCAGCAAGGUGGCCAAGAACGCGCACAAGAAGGGCCUGACGCUCAAGGAGAGCGCCAUGGAGCUCGAGGCGCUGACGUCGGACGAGUUUGACACGCUCGUCAAGCCCGAGCUCAUGGUCGGCCCCAGCCCCUACAAGGGGUGAGCCCAAGUGUUUAUACCAUUGUCCCUUUUUUUUUUUUUUUCUGAGAGCGGGCCGACAACGCAUCCUUUUUGUGAUAUUACAAACUUGGGUUUCUCCUGCCUAGCCCACGUAGCCCUAGAAAAAGUCAAUACUGUGUAAAUCAACCAUAAAAGAGAGCAUAAAUAAACAAAUUCAUAACAG